AUGGCCCCAGCCUACGGCGCUCCGGCCCCGGCCUACGGCGCUCCGGCGCAGAUGGCGCCUGCGACCUACGUGCCUGGAACCGUUCCUGGCACCGUUCCUGGUCCUGUCCCGGGCACCACCACGGUUGGCGAUCCUGUCUUCCUGCCACCCAUCACUGCCCCAGCGGAGGCUCCGAUGCAGAUGGCCCCAGGGCAAAUGGCCCCGAGCCCCUAUGGGGCCGCGCCGACGCAGAUGGCCCCGGCGACCUACGGCGCGCCGAUGCAGGCACCAACGACAACCACCAUCGGUGAGCCGGUGUACCUGCCUCCCAUCACUGCGCCUUCCGAGGGCGCCCCUCAGAUGGCCCCAGCCUACGGAGCUCCAGCGCCUGCUUACGGUGCUCCAGCGCCUGCCUACGGUGCUCCGGCCCCAGCCUAUGGCGCUCCGGCCCCAGCCUACGGCGCUCCAGCCCCUGCCUACGGCGCUGCGGCCCCUGCCUACGGCGCUCCGGCGUACGGCGCUCCGGCAUACGGCACCCCGGCCACCAUCCAGGCUGGCAGAGCAAGAUGCACGUGCCUGGCAAAUCAGCGCUGA